UCUGCCACUUCCUUUCCGUGGUUCGCUUUUUCAUGCUUCAGCCUUAAACAUUCUGCUUCGCCCGAGUGUCUUUUAUGUGAGAGCGUCUGUCAAGUGCACUCGGAUUUAAAGCCGCCACGAGCGGAGCAUCGACACAAAAACCUGCUGUACUCCAUCCAACGAGCUUGUCACAGCAAGGGAAGACCACCGAUGUUGCUUCUGUUAGCCCUCACGGUCGCUGCUCCGUCGCGAGCUCAACGACAAGUUAGCGACAUUGAGUUUCUCUCACUGCCCCAUCAGACGACGACAAUUUAUGGAGUCCUUGGAGACAACAUCACACUAAGCUGCUCAUUCCGCCGCCACGGAGAAUGGUUUCGGGCUUACUGGUAUGAGAAUGACACCGUGAACCGGGAGGUGAAGCCCAUCUGCUCCAUUACAGACUCCGACAGGAACAGCAGCACCUGCACCUUGUCAUUUUCUCUUCACAACAUCAGCUUGGCUCAGUCUGGCAGAUCCUAUAAAUGUGUGGUGGAGAACGUUGAGGAGCAGCCACCCAAACUGUGGACGGACCAGUCGCAGACUUUCUACGUUCGAGCUGCUCCAAGCAGACCAACAAUUUCAUCUCAAGGAGGACAGGUGAUGGGUUACAAACUCAACAUCAGCUGUCUGGUGCACAGAUUUUACCCUUCGAAUAUCUCAAUGACCUGGCUCCUUAACCACCAGCCCAUGAUCGCAACAGGUUUGGAGGACGUGACUAUGAACGCUGAUGGCACAUUUACGGCUGUCAGUCAUCUCUCCUUCCUUCUCGCUGCUGAGCACCUAAGUGGCACGGUCACUUGUCAGGUUUCACAUGAAGCCCUCCAGCAGCCCCUCAAGACAGAUUUCCUUCUGGAUGUUAAAUAUGGUCCGAGGCUCAUUAGGAUACUCCACCGAACUUCCAGUGAAGCAAACUUUCAAGAGAUUCCUUCGAGCCCCAUGAGAGUCAUCGCCAAUUCCUACUUUGAACUCAGAUGUACAGCAGACAGCAAUCCCAACUCCAGUAUCUACUGGACAAGUGCCAGAGAGCAAGGACGGAUUGAUCAGGCCCAUGGCAGGGAGCUGAGCUGGACUCACAUCCAGGAGGCCCAGUCCAAUGAUUACUGGUGCUUGGCAGAGAAUGCACAUGGAAACGCCAGCAAGAGCGUCACCGUGGUGGUCCUACAACCAGAUGGACUCAGCCCACUAAAGCUUUUGACUGUGGUUAUUGUGGUGGUGACCCUCUUCCUAAUCCUGCUGGCCAUCUUCUUCUAUGUCAUCAAUAACCGGAAGCAGACAGGUGAGUAGCAAAGGGCCUCCUUAUCAGUCGCUGGCACCCACACUUCCUUUUUUCCGCUUAGCGGGCACCUCCUGCUUCCCACUGCAUGUGGAGGACAGAAACUCCCUGCCCAGCACUGCAUUUUUUUUCUGCCACACAGUCUGCUUGUGCUUUUCCUCUUUUCGUUGUUGCUGUCAGUUUUUAGAAAGUUCCCCCUUUUGAGGUUUUAGAUACUUUUCACAGAACUGUGAGCUUCACUUCAUAUUUUUUCACUGUUUAUUUGAUCAGUUCAGAUUACAAAAAGUGAAAGUUCUUGGUAAAGGGUGGAGUGUUCAAGAACGUCAGCC